CCUGUUGUCAAUGUCAACAACCGGAGAAGUUGUUAUUUCUUCGCAUAACAUCUAUAAAUUAUGAGAGCUACAUACCACCAUAUCAUCUGUGAUGGUUAGAUAUCAAGUUACAGAUUAAUUAUAAUGUUUAUGUUCUCUAAAUCGGUGUUAGUAUGCCGAUAAUAUUAUUUAAAGGACGACAUUAAAUAAUUUUUAAAACCGGUGUUUUGUUUUAGAAUCUGAUGAAUUGAAUUUUCAGCAUGUGUACAUAAUUUUAUUAUCAAAAUGAAGUUUUGCUUUCUAUCAUUGUUUAUCUUGUGCAUAAUUUGCCAUAUCUGGACGGAGGAUGUAAAAUCCGAAGAUUAUGAGUUAAGUUUACCACCGGAACAUAUGGCAUAUUAUUUUACGAGCCAUCCUGCAGCAUCAAAUGCUUGUAAGGAGUCAGAUCAUUGCCCAUAUAAGAAUUUUAUUGGUCUUAAUAAAUGCUGGGGCUAUGAGAAAAAUUGUGCUGUAAACCAAAGAUUCUCUGUUCCUGUCUGCAACAGAAGUAGCAAAGGAUGGGCUAAAUCAAAGCAAGAACAAACUGAUACUUUUUUUAAGCAAGGAGAUUUUGGUUACAUUAGGGAACGAAUGGAUGAGAUCAUUCCAAUUUGUACUUCAAAGCAUAAAAAUGGCACCUUUUUUGAAUGUGCAAAGUACAUGAGGUUUUGCAGAGGAAAACAUAUCAUGUUCGAUUUCAAAACCCUUCUAGAAUUACCUGAACCUAUGAG